UACCUUUUUUUUUUUCCAUGGCCACACCUGAACGAGUUACUUUAGUUGUUGGAGGUGCAGCUCUUGGUGCAUUAUCCUUUGCAGCAUAUCAAAAAAUGAAUCAACCCAAGCCUCGUCCAAUGGUUCCUAUCUCCACCAACAAAAAACCAUUACCUCCACCACCUACUACUUCAGCAACUCAACAAGAUGUGGAUGCCAGAGACAAUGCACGCACAAUUCUUCCAUUUGGUUUCCCCGGACCAAUGAACGAUACUGUGUAUCGUCAUGCCUAUGUGACCUCAUACAAUCGCCGCGAUCGCAAUCCCAAUUGGGUGGCUGAACACUUCACUGCCGAUUCUUUGAAAAAAGUGGAUGGUGUAGACCGUGGCAAAUCAACCUUCAAAGAGGACGACCAAAUCCCUGUUCAAUUCCGUGCUCGCCUUGCUGAUUAUUACAAGAGUGGAUUUGAUCGUGGUCAUAUGGUACCUGCUGCUGAUGUCAAGAAUAGUCAAGUUAAGAUGGACGAAACGUUCUAUUUGACUAAUAUUGCUCCUCAAGUCGGUGAUGGAUUUAAUCGUGAUUAUUGGGCUCAUGUAGAAACCUUCUGUCGCUCUCUAACCAAGCAGUUCUCUAAUGUGUAUGUGUUUACCGGUCCAUUGUAUUUACCCAAACAAGAAAGUGAUGGCAAAUUCUACGUCAAAUACCAAGUGAUUGGUAAUCCUCCCAAUGUUGCUGUACCUACUCAUUUUUAUAAGGUGAUCAUGACCGAAUCUAAUGGUCGCUACCAUUCUGCUGCCUUUGUACUACCCAAUCAACCCAUUCCUGAUAGUACGCCUCUGGAAACUUUCAAGGUACCAAUGGAUGCCGUUGAACGUGGUUCUGGUUUGACUUUCUUUGAUCGUAUGGGCCCUACCAAGGCGAAUCUUCCCGAUUUGUGUAAGGAAACGAAAUGUCAAAUUGUUUUGUCCAAGUUCCAUGAAGCCAAGAAGACUGCCGCCAUUACUGCUUAAGGCAUAUAGUUUUAUCUUUUUUUUUUUUUGUUUCCCACUCGCCUUAUGUUUACUUUGUAUAAUAGUUGUUACUUUUUUGAAUAAUAAAAAAAAUGAUUGUUAGAAUGAUUUCACAUCUUCAUCAGAAAAAAAA